CCCCAUUGGCCCUCCAAAAGACCACCUCCCCCCUCUAAACCACACCCCAUUUCCAAGUCAACACUCACAAGAUCCAAAGGAGCCUAGAAAGGGGCGUGGGCAGGAUAAUAGGGGACGUCGUGACAAAGAAAUGAAGAACAAUCCAAAAAUGGCAGCACAUGUACCAUUUCCAUGGGUCAGUGGAGUGGCUGACAAGUCGAGUCGAUGCCCUCGAGCAGUCUAACCUGGCUACUGCGGGAGGCAAACUGGACUCACUACUCCUAUCAAUGGAGGGAGAGAUUUCAGAGCUGACUGAUGAACGACAGCUGUCCCCCGAGACCGAGAACACGCUGCUCCUCUCUCUCGCUGGACUCAAACAUGUACGGGAUAUUCUUCUGAACAAGAUUGCCUUCAGUGGUGCCAUGUUGAAAGAUGAACAUAAUGUUAUCGUGCAGAGACCCCAGGAAGAUCUAAAUAGAGCCCACCCUCUGGAACAGUGCGCUAGGACCUCCUCACAGGUUUCGCAAGAGGCUCUCACCGUUACCGGGAGCAACGGGGAUGCCAUGUCGCCACGGGAACCUGACACGCCCCCAGCAAGUGUGCCACACCCACUAAUGAGCAGUGGAGAGAUGGACCAGUCGACUGGUGGUGAGGGAGAUGAGGAGGCUGAUUGGGUUAAUGUAUCAGUACACGCCCACCCUCUGGUGAAUUCUGACUCCUAGCAACCACCACCCCCACCCCUGCAAUCAGUGUUUCAUUAUAUAAUAUUGUUGUGUGAUCAAAUUUGAA